AUGGCAAAGCCUCAGAGCAAGGAUUCAGGACUGAAGGAGAAGUUCAGGAAUCUCCUGGGGCUGGGAACAUCCCGAGGAAGUUCAAAGUCAUCGGAGGGCAAGCAAACAGAGUUUAUCAUCACUGCAGAAAUACUCAAGGAACUGAGCAUAGAAUGUGGAUUAAGUAACAGAAUACGAGCAAUCAGUCAAAUUUGUGAAGUGGCAAAAACAAAAAAAAUUGAAGAGCAUGCAGUGGAAGCAAUAUGGAAAGUGGUAGCUGAUAUGCUCCAGCCAGAGCGCCCCAUCGAAGCCAGACAUGCUGUUCUUCAUCUGCUAAAGUCAAUCGUGCAAGGACAGGGUGAGAGAUUAGGGAUCCUCAGAGCACAUUUUUUUAAAGUAAUUAAGGACUAUCCCUCCAAUGAAGACUUGCAUGAACGGCUUGAAGUGUUCAAGGCUCUAACGGAGAAUGGACGAUACAUCACCUACUUAGAAGAAGAGUUAGCUGACUUUGUACUACAGUGGAUGGAUGUUGGUUUGUCUUCUGAGUUCCUUCUGGUUUUAGUGAACUUGGUGAAAUUCAAUAGCUGCUAUCUGGAAGACUACGUAGCUGACAUGGUCCAGUAAAUAUGCCUCUUGUGCAUUCAGACUUCAUCCUCUGUGGACAUAGAGAUUUCCUUGCAAGUCCUAGAUGCAGUUGUUUGCUAUAACUGUCUGCCAUCAGAGAACCUGCCAGUAUUUAUCAUCACUUUGUGCCGUACCAUCAAUGUGAAGGAGCUCUGUGAGCCAUGCUGGAAGCUUAUGCGCAACCUUUUGGGAACUCAUUUGGGACACAGUGCCAUCUACAACAUGUGCAGGAUCAUGGAAGACAGAGCUUACAUGGCAGAUGCAGCGCUGCUGAGAGGAGCUGUGUUCUUUGUUGGGAUGGCUCUGUGGGGUGCUCAUCGCCUCAAUUCACUCAAGAAUUCCCCAACUUCAGUGCUGCCUUCAUUCCUCAAGGCCAUGACAUGUCCCAAUGCAGUUGUGUCUUAUGAGAUAGUUCUGUCCAUAACACGUCUAAUAAAGAAGUAUGGGAAGGAGCUGCAAGCUGUAACGUGGGAUAUCCUUUUGGACAUCAUGGACCGAUUACUGCAACAGCUGCAGAGUCUGGAGAGCCAAGAACUUAAGUCCAUUGUACAUGAUCUUUUGACUACAGUAGAAGAACUCUGUGACCAGAAUGAAUUCCAUGGCUCUGAAGAGAGAUUUUUUGAGCUGGUGGAAAGAUGUGCUGAUCAGAGACCAGAAUCUUCUGUAUUAAACUUGAUAACAUACAGAGCUCAGUCCAUUCAUCCUGCCAAAGAUGGCUGGAUUCACAACCUGCAGAUGUUAAUGGAGAGAUUCUUCAGGAACGAAAGUCGUAGUGCUGUUCGUAUUAAAGUUCUGGAUGUCUUGUCCUUUGUCCUGAGUAUUAACAGACAGUUCUAUGAGGAGGAGCUGAUAAACUUGGUUGUGAUCUCUCAGCUGGCUCACAUUCCAGAGGAUAAAGACCAUCAAGUCCGAAAACUGGCUACUCAGUUACUUGUAGACCUGGCUGAAGGCUGCAACACACAUCACUUUAACAGCUUGCUUGAUAUCAUAGAAAAGGUGGCUGCGCAUUCUCUCUCAUCUCCUUCUGAACUGGAAGAGAGGGACUUGCUAUCAUAUUCAGCUUCUUUGGAGGAUGUCAAGACAGCAGUUCUUGGACUCCUGAUAAUUCUUCAGACGAAACUCUACAGCUUACCCUCUAGCCACGCAAUGCGGGUGUACGAGAUGCUGAUUCACCACGUCCAACGCCAUUAUAUAUAUGCGUACAGCCUUGCUGUUGCUAGCAGCAUCAGGUUGCAGGUAUGAGCAGGAACCUGUGCUUUCAGGUUGAGAGCUGCAUGCUGUAUUUGCUUUUCUUCCCUCCACCGUCUUGGCCUUUCCAACAAGGAUGGAGCAGUGAGGUUCAGCCCUUACUGUCUAUGUGAUUUUGUAGAAGCAGAGAAGAGGGCUUCUGAGAAAAAGCCUACUGGUACGCUCUCUCCGCCUUCAGGAAGUCCCAGUGUGCCUUCCCAGAACGCCACCAUUCGUAUAGGGCACCUGCCAUACUCAAUGGUCUUUGGAGUCCUUCUGCAGUGUUUGAAGCAAGAGACAGACUGGAAGGUGUUGAAGUUGGUCCUCAACAAAUUACCUGAAUCCCUCCGCUAUAAAGUGCUAUUUUUAACCUCUCCUUGUAACAUAGACCUCCUGGCCUCUGCACUGAGCUACAUGCUCACAGACAAAAAGACUACUGACAGGCUCCAUGGUACCCCAGAAGGCUUUUCUCGCACCGAUUUGCAUCUGGCUGUAGUUCCAGUACUGACGGCAUUAAUAUCUUAUCAUAAUUAUCUGGACAAAGCUAAACAGCGUGAAAUAGUGUAUUGCCUGGAACACGGUCUUAUUUAUCGCUGUGCAAACCAGUGCGUUGUGGCACUCUCUGUCUGUAGUGUCGAGAUGCCUGACAUCAUCAUAAAGGCCCUUCCUGUCUUAAUAGUCAAAUUAACCCACAUUUCUGCUACAGCCAAUAUGGCAAUCCCUCUCUUAGAAUUUCUUUCAACUCUAGCGAGGCUGCCUCACCUCUACAGGAACUUUGCAGCAGAGCAGUAUGCCAGUGUGUUCGCCAUCUCCCUACCAUACACAAACCCUUCCAAGUUUAACCAGUACAUCGUUUGCCUGGCCCAUCAUGUGAUAGCUAUGUGGUUCAUUCGGUGUCGCCUUCCCUUCCGAAAGGACUUUGUCCCCUAUAUUACAAAGGGUUUGCGCUCGAAUGUCCUCCUCUCCUUUGAUGACACGCCUGAGAAGGACAGUUUCAGGGCUCGCAGUACAAGCUUGAAUGAGAGGCCAAAAAGUUUAAGACUAGCCAAAAAUGCAAAGCAAGGCUUGAAUAACUCUCCUCCAGUGAAAGAGCUGAAAGAAUCCUCUGCAGUUGAUGCCUUCCGAUCCCGCAGCAUCAGUGUGUCUGAACAUGUGGUCCGCAGUCGGAUACAAACAUCCAUUACUAGUUCAAGCCUGGGCUCUGCGGAUGAAAAUUCAAUGGCUCAGGCUGAUGACAACUUAAAAAAUCUCCACCUGGAACUUACUGAGACCUGUCUGGAUAUGAUGGCUCGAUACGUCUUCUCAAACUUCACUGCGGUGCCUAAGAGGUCUCCUGUGGGUGAGUUUCUGCUGGCUGGAGGAAGGACAAAGACGUGGCUGGUUGGUAACAAGCUGGUGACCAUCACUACAAGCGUUGGAACAGGGACAAGAUCGCUGCUUGGCCUAGAUUCUGGAGAGCUCCAAAGCAGCACAGAAUCAAGCUCAGACCCUGUUUUCCAAGUGAGACAAACUAAAGAAGCUCCAGCAAAACUGGAAUCUCAAGCUGGGCAGCAGGUUUGCAGAAGCUCUCGCAACAGAGUCCGAUCCAUGUCUGGUGGUCAUGCCUUACGUGUUGGUGCCUUAGACAGCUCAGCCUCCCAUUUCCCCAGUGGCUCGGCUUCCCAAGGGACACAGAGUCCUCCUGCUCCUGCAUCUCGAUCAGAGAAGACUAAUCCUGCUCCACAGACACCUCUGCAGAAAGAAAAAGCAAACUUAGCUGCAUAUGUCCCGCUGCUGACACAGGGAUGGGCAGAAAUCCUAGUGCGCAGACCCACAGGUAACACAAGCUGGCUAAUGAGUCUGGAAAACCCACUCAGUCCAUUUUCUUCAGAUAUUAACAAUAUGCCCCUGCAAGAGCUCUCUAAUGCACUCAUGGCUGCAGAGCGUUUUAAAGAACACCGAGAAACGGCUCUAUAUAAAUCCCUCUCUGUCCCCUCCUCCAGCUUGGCCACCGGGACAGCCAAACCAUCGCUUCUCCAGCGUUCCAACACAGUGGCCUCUUUCUCUUCCAUGUACCAGUCCAGUUGUCAAGGGAAGUUGCACAGGAGCAUAUCCUGGGCAGAAUCAGCGGUGGUGCUGGAGGAAGGGAGCCCGUCGGAAAUGGAGCUAAAGGAAACCGAGUCCCCAAUUGAGUCUCCAGAGAGUGAGGACAUUGAGACUUCAUGUUCUGAACAAGUCCUGAGCGAGGAAAGGUUUGGUAAACCCCAGGAGUCUUAUAGCAGGUCCUCCUCAACCUCCAGCCAAGAAGAAAAAUCUCUGAAGUCGGAAGACCUGGUGGAGGGUGGAAUUCCCAUUGGGAGAGUCCUGCCAUCAGAGGACGGCCGAACACUGGAGGAGCUUUCCUUCCAGCCAUCCCAGCCGCUCAGCAAGUCGAGUUCCUCCCCCGAGCUACAGACACUGCAGGAGGUCCUUAAAGAUGCAAAUGGCAGAGAAGUAACAAGGAGGCUGAGCACAGAAGUGAAAUCAAAAUCCCAGUCUGGGAACCUGGAAGGGGAAGGGCUGGGCAGUUGGCUGGGCAAGGGGGAGGACGCCAGAGUGACUGGGUCAGGCGGGUUGAAUGGCACUGGUCCUGUCACCUCACCUCGCUCUCCCUCUGGGCACCGGCCCCGAGGAUACACCAUCUCUGACUCAGCCCCAUCAAGGAGGGGAAAAAGGAUCGAGAGAGAUGCCUUCAAGAGCAGAACAGCAGCCUCCAAUGCUGAGAAAGUACCCGGAAUAAACCCAAGCUUUGUGUUUUUGCAGUUGUAUCACUCCCCAUUCUUCGGUGAUGAAAACAACAAGCCCCUUUUGUUGCCAAAUGAGACGUUUGAAAGGUCGGUGCAGCUCCUGGAUCAAAUUCCUUCUUAUGACACACACAAGAUUGCAGUGCUCUACGUUGGAGAAGGCCAGAGCAACAACGAAAUCGCAAUUCUGUCAAAUGAGCACGGAUCCUAUCGCUAUACAGAGUUCCUGACUGGGUUAGGGAAGCUCAUUGAGCUCAAAGACUGUCAGCCAGAUAAAAUUUACCUUGGUGGCCUGGACGUGUGUGGGGAGGAUGGACAGUUUACCUACUGUUGGCACGAUGACAUUAUGCAAGCCAUUUUCCACAUUGCUACUCUGAUGCCCACAAAGGAUUUAGAUAAAUAUCGCUGUGACAAGAAAAGGCACCUUGGGAAUGAUUUUGUUUCUAUCAUUUACAACGAUUCUGGAGAAGACUUUAAACUGGGAACAAUAAAGGGUCAGUUCAAUUUUGUGCAUGUUAUCAUCACACCACUUGACUAUGACUGUAACCUGGUGACGCUGCAGUGUCGGAAAGACAUGGAGGGUCUCGUAGACACGAGUGUUGCUAAGAUCAUCUCCGAUAAGAACCUGCCGUUUGUAGCCCGUCAGAUGGCCCUGCACGCUAACAUGGCUUCCCAGGUUCAUCAUAGUCGAUCAAACCCUACUGACACCUACCCAUCCAAAUGGAUUGCAAGGCUACGUCAUAUCAAGAGGCUAAGGCACCGGCUACGUGAAGAAACCCAGUACCAGACUCCUGGCCUUCCCCUGCAGAUGCAUCCAUCUGCCCCGACAAAGCCCCCUCCCCAGAUCCCUCAGGACCCUCCACCCACCUAUGAGACUGGACAGAGGAAGCGGCUCAUCUCCUCAGUGGACGACUUCACGGAGUUCGUGUAG